AUGACCUCAGUUAAACAUCCAAAGAUUAGCGUAUUAGGUGCAGGAGAUAUAGGCUGCGCUUUGGCUCAUAUGAUCUGUGAAAAAAAUCUAGGUGAUGUCGUUUUGCAUGAUUUUAGAAAAGAUUUACCUAAAGGAAGAGCAUUAGAUAUACUGCACACAAGACCACUAAACAGAUCUAGAAUAAAUAUAUUAGGUACUAAUGAAAUUACAGAUAUUAAAGAUUCACUAGUUGUAGUAGUAACAAUAGAGGUAUCAGAACGUGAGUUUGCUGAAUUUGAUGAAGAAGAUAUAGAAAAACAAGUUUACACAUCUAAUGUUAAACUAUUAAGGGAAGUAUCAAAAUCAAUUAAGAAACAUUGCCCCCAAGCUUUUGUAGUAGUUACUACAAGUCCAGUUGAUUGUAUGGCAAAGGUUUUACAAGAGAAUGCAAAUAUUCCCUCUCAUAAAAUAUGCGGGAUGGCGGGGGUUUUGCACAGCGCACGACUGAGACACAAUUUGGCAGAAAAGCUAAGAAUAAAUCCGGGUGAUGUGCAAGGAUUUGUAAUAGGAGCUCAUGGGGAUAAAAUGGUACCACUGCCAAGGUACUGCUGCGUAAAUGGUAUUCCAUUAAAUGAUUUUACAAAAAAAGGAGCUAUAACAGAAAAAGAAAUAAAUCAAAUUGUUGAAAAGACAAGAAAUACCGGUUUAGAAUUAUUAGAAUUAUUACCCGAAGGAUCAGCAUGUUUUGCACCUUCAUUAGCUAUUGUUGAAAUUAUUGAAGCUUAUUUAAAAGAUUUAAAGAGAGUACUCGUAUGCUCCGUAUUGUUGAAUGGUCAGUACGGUCAUAAGGGGGUUUUUGCAGGUAUCCCUGUUGUUAUUGGAGGUAAGGGUAUUGAGAAAGUUAUUGAGCUAGAUUUGAAUGCGCAAGAAAAAGAACUUUUUGAUGAUUCUCUAAAACAUAUUAGUUAUUUAUUUGAAAAUUAUAAACAUGAGGCAGUCGUAGAUGAAGAAGCCAAACCCAACUGA